GAAUUUUCCCGGGAAAAUUUUACCCUCUCUCAAAGUAUUUUCUUAGGUCAAUUGUUCCACCAAUCAACCAUCGUGACAUCCAUUUUCUUUGGAGACUCUUUUGAAUUCAAUUUGUCACAAAAUCUUGGAUUCAAACGGAGACUUGAACAAAACAGAGACAAGGUCAUGUCUUUUUUCUACAGAUGCCACAUUCGGUGACGAAGACAAAGAAGACCGUUUUUUGAUUCAAUCUCAUCAAAAAUGGGUUUUCUUCAAUCUCUCUUCGGAUCUCGGAGCCUCUAUGUUUUCAUUCUCGCUCUGUUUUUCACCAUUCAUUGUUUCCUCCUCGUCCAAUCACAAGACCCACCUUUGUUUCCACAAUCUCCUCCUCCACCACCACCGCCUCCUCCUCCACCGCCGCCUCCUCCUCCACCACCACCACCUCCUCCGCCAGCUGUCAAUAUGAGCGUCGAAACAGGCAUUCCUCCACCGCCUCCUCCAGUCACGGAUAUGAUUAAGCCUCUGUCUUCUCCGCCGCCGCCUCAACCACCACCGAGGUCACAACCACCUCCGAAGCCUCCCCAAAAGAACCUGCCACGGCGGCAUCCUCCUCCUCCUCGGUCUCCGGAGAAACCGAAAAGAGAUGGUUUAAACAAAGGGAAGACGGUGGGACUAGUCUUUGUUGGGUUAAUAGCAAUGUUGCAGGUUAUUGUUGUUGUAUUCUUGGUUUUCAAGAGAAAGCAGCUUCUCAGCUUGAAAGACACUAAUUAAGAUUGUAACCAUUUGUGGAUUGACAUUAACUCUUUUGUUAAUUUGAGGCCAUUGAUUAGAUUGAAGAUUAGAGAUGAGAGUGUAUUAGGAGGAAAGAAACUGC